GUUUUUUGUUUUCUUUGGAAGAAAACGACUUUAACAAAGCACUGAAAAUUGUUGAUGGUAUGCAUCAAUUAUUUUUCGUAGCAUUGAUUUGCAAAGCGACAAUGGUGGCUAUUGUAGACAAUCGCCAGAAAGGUAAAUAGUGAUCUACCAAAUCAAUUAUUCAUAACUGUUCUCUGGGUGUAACUUUCAUUGCUGACAUGGACUACAUUGUCAAGAGCGCCCCUUUUGACAGUACACGCAAUACUUCUGUCCGCCCGGAACCUAACCACAAUAUAUACCAACGCGUUUCCAGGAAGAGGUCAAAUGGUAAAAUAUGUCUGGCAACUAAGUCUGCUGCUGCUGUUACAUCGGGCUAAUAGUGGGUGAACUGACAGAAAACUUCGUUGAUAAACAUGUAUAUAUAAAUACACUCAUAUUUAAACCUUCAUCUUCGGUGUUACACACUUGUCUCUACAGAUGUUGCUUUAAAGGCUAUCGGUGUACAGAUACCAAUAAAGAUGGAGGAUUUGCUGUAGUACAGCCUGGGAGAAUGCUCUUUCCGCCAGCUAAUUAAGAUGGUCCCCUCUCGAAAUGCGACUCAGAUAUGUAGCAGUGAACAGACAACGCAGCCCAAUAUAACUCAGAAGGACUCAGAAAUCGAAGCGGUGCUCUAUAUCGUUGUAACAUUGUUAUUUUACUCGCUGGGAAUAAUCAUCGGCAUUAUUUUGUAUCUGAAGAGAGAGAAGCAAGAGAUUGAGGAGGAUAAAUGGUACGACGAGUUUUUAUCUUACGCCGAGGACCCAAAUACGGCUUUACGGUAUUCAAGGGUUCAGCAAGUUGUGGCUAGGCUUAAUUACUUGGAACAGCAGAAACUGAAGAGGGAGAGAGCGCCAACAGACAAAAAAUUAUCAAUAAUGGAAAACAGACGGACGACGUGUGAAAAUUUAACGAGUGUGGAAAGUGAAAAAGCAGACGAGAGGCAAAAUGUGUGUGACCAACAAUGUUGUGCAGUGGACGAAUGUGGAGAAAUGGCGGAUUCCAAUGUAUUUCAGCAAGACGGAGAGUCAAUCUCGGCCGUUGUUGCCAAACUUAUAGAUCCCGAAAAAGAUAAGUAUCUACUCGAGGAUUCCUUUGAAGACAAUAUUAAAAAAGGCAUUCCAUCGUCCUGUUCUAUGCAGUCUAUCAAGGAUUACGAAGAGGAGCCGAGACGUAGCGAGCGUUCUUCUGUGUCGUCUGCCAACGAAGAAAAUUUGAUUGGAGAAGAAAAGACUAAGUUGCUAACAGAAGGCGACAAUGUAUUUGAUGAUUCCUGCACAGAUCAACUACAGAAGAAAAUCAAAGGAUGUAUAGUCACAAAUGUUUAGCAGACCUCUAGUGGACGUCGAUCGGACGUACCGGAGAUGUCUAGAAGAAAUUAAAUUACAGACCAAUGCUGCCCAUGGUAGUUGCAAUUUGUUUACGACGUUUUAAUACUCGUGUGAAUUUGGCUGUGCGUGUAUCGAUUGGCUGCAGAUGUUAGAUGGAAAUAUUUGAUAUGUGUUUUUCACAUCGACCAAUGUUAAAACAAUUAUGUAUACACUAUUCUCAUCGAACGAAAAUUAUUAACUUCAGUAAGCAGUAAUUCAUAUCUGAAUCGAAACAACUGUUUUGUGCUGUGCAUAUUUUGUAUGUUUAUAUGUUAAAACAAGUAUUGAUCUUUGCACGAAUUUGUGAGUAAAAAUAUGAAUGUUAUUGUA